CGGACAGCGUCGCCUCAGCGAUCAGGCUUUCACUUUCGCCACAAGAGGGAGAGAGAAGACGCGGUGUGUGUGAAGGACCGGCGAGAUGUGAGUUACACCGACGAGACUCGCGGAGCACCUCACGCCACGACGAUGACACGCCGAUCUCAACUCCCGCUAGUCGACAAGAACAUUCCUGGAUCAUGAUCGCUGACUGCUAGAAAAAGACCCCCCAUCUUCCAAAAGAAACCCUUCGUAGCUCCUCUCGUUCCUCUGCCAUGGAGGAGGCAAACAUCACUCACUUGGCGGCCGUGUUCGUGAACCCUCAUGGUCAGGUGCCCGUUCUGGACGUUCAUGACACGUACACGGACUUCUACGACAUGGACUACGGUGUUCCAGCAGAGGAGAUGCCGGACACCACGCAGGGCCUGGCCUACUUCGUGGCCACCAUCGUCAUCGGAGCCGUGCUCGUCUGCAUCAUGCUGGUCUGCGGCUUCGGAAACUUCCUCUUCAUAGCCACUCUGGCCCGGUACAAGAAACUCAGGAACCUCACCAACCUGCUGAUCGCUAACCUGGCCAUCUCUGACUUCAUAGUGGCCGUGGUCUGCUGCCCUUUUCUGGUGGAUUAUUACGUGGUCAAACAGCUCUCCUGGGACCACGGGAAAGUGCUGUGCGCCUCCGUCAACUACCUCAGGACUGUGUCUCUCUAUGUGUCCACCAAUGCCUUGCUGGCCAUCGCUGUUGACAGGUACAUGGCCAUCGUCCAUCCCUUGAGGCCCAGAAUGAAGCACCAGACCGCGUACUGCCUCAUAACGGGGGUUUGGAUCGUCCCGGUGCUCAUUUCCAUUCCCUCCGCGUACUUCGCCUCGGCGACCAAAGUCCCUCACGGAGCCAACCGCAGCAAGACCUUCUGCGCCCAGAUCUGGACGGUUGACCAGCAGCUGUACUACCGCUCGUACUACCUGUUCAUCUUCGCCGUGGAGUUCGUGGGGCCGGUGCUCACCAUGGCUCUGUGCUACCUGCGCAUCUCCAGAGAGCUGUGGUUCAAGAGCGUGCCGGGUUUCCAAACGGAGCAGAUCCGCAAACGCCUGCGCUGCCGCAGGAAGACGGUCAUGGUGCUGAUCGGCAUCCUCACGGCGUACAUCCUCUGCUGGGCUCCAUACUACGGCUACACCAUCCUGCGCGAUUUCCACCCAACGCUCAUCUCCCGCGAGAGGAACUCUCUGGUGGCGUUCUACAUCAUCGAGUGCAUCGCCAUGAGCAACAGCAUGAUCAACACGUUCUGCUUCGUCAGCGUGAAGAACAACACCGUCAAAUACUUCAAGAGGAUCGUUCUCCUCCGCUGGAAAUCCACCUACACCUCCAGGAAGAGCGCAGACGAGACAGACAUCAAUCCCCACCUCACCGAAUGUAGAAAGGGAGCCGAGCUGAGUGGUUUUCAUGUCACCCAUAUAACAGAUGAUUAGAGAGUACUGAUCAUGCUGCUUCCGGGCAUUGUUCUGUAGAUGAAUAUCGCCUGACUGAUGAUACGUUUUAGUGUUUCUUUUCCUUGUCAAAUGUGCCAUACUCGUCAUACAGUAUGUAAAUGUGUUUAUGAAAGAUCACAAAUGAUCGUUUCAGUUGUUUUGCUCAGAUUUUCAUGUUGAGUGAAUUAACUACUCAUUCCUUGAAGCGUUAAGAAUGACAAAGCAAAGGGUAGAUGUCUACUGACUACUUUCUUUUUAAACUAUUUAAAUACAAUUAUUUAAGCAUGUGUCAGGAGAAUCACCAGCAUUCGUGAUGCUUUGUGAGAGCAGCUCCGUAUGAUGACCUUUUUAAUUGCAAGCCUGUGUUGUCCAAGCCUUGUUGUUUCUGAUUGGUGGAGGGUUUAUUCGGGGAUAUGGGUAUUGCAGUUAUUUACAUUAAAAUGUAAACUUUUAAACAUUUCUCUAUUAAGAAAAUGGGUGGAAUUUUUACCUCAAAACAGUUUCGCUCGACUGAUGCAUUCUAUUUGUAGAAAUACAUAGCUUAAUGUUACAUAAUAUAGAUUAUUUAAAAGCUAGUGUGAUUAGUGAGGUCCUUUCUCAAUCAGUGUUUUGUAUGUGAAAGUUUGCUGUUUUUGUGUUGGUUAAUAUAGUAUCUGCAUGCAUUCUGUAA